AGAACAUGUUCCCCAGGGGUUUUCGUUAUUUAAUCAAACAAACCCAAGAGGAAGUUUUUUCUCCCCUCAAAUAAAAUGCGUUUUCUGCAAUUUAUUUGUAAAUAACAAAGUAUUGGGAAUCAAAAUGAGCUGGAACCCCUUCAGCCGUCAUGGAGGUGCAAAGAAAAGUGUGGUGUCACGUCAGGCUGAGCGGGAACUUGAAAGAGAAGUUAAAAAGCUAGACGAAUUAGAUGAAGCAUCGAGAAAGCUUUACAAAGAUGGAAGAAGAUAUGUGGAAGCAAAUAAUGGAUUAGGUAAAGCUGAGAACAAAAUAAUACAGGAUCUGUUGGCAAGUGGGAUCUGUCAGACAGAUGAACAAUUUCAGAAGAACAUUGAAGCAUGGGAAAAAGCUCUUGAAGAGUUAAGCAGAUACAGACAGGAACUGAAUAAUAAUAUCCAGAAAACAAUGGUGGAACCAAUGAAAAAAUUCAGCGGUGUAUUUCCAAGUGUUCAAAGUGCAAUAAAGAAGAGAGAACAAAGCUUACAGGACUACACAAGAACUCAAGCUAAAUUCAACAAAUACCAGGACAGAGAUAGGACUGGACAAAAUAUAGUUAAAUUAGAUACAAACAAGAAAGCUCUUGACGCAGCCAGAGAGGAAUUUGAACAACAGAAUGUGGCACUGAGACAAGAACUUCCACGCCUUAUUGAUGGCAGGAUUGAAUACUUCAAGCCCUCAUUUGAUGCACUUAUACGUUCACAACUAAAUCACAGUACCGAGGCUUUCAAAACAUAUGCUGAAGUUUCAUCAGAACUUUUUCAUGAUUCAAAAUUAACUGAAAAUGAACGGAAAGAGAGGAUUAAUCAAACGUUAAAUGAUAUGAAAGCAUUAUCAAUAACAGUGGAUGAUUAGGUAAAUGAUAUGAUUAUCAAUAACAGUGGAUGAUUAGGUUUAACCCUUACUAUACUGUUUGCGACCAGUGUAGAUCAUGGUCAGCCUGCAUAGCCGUGCAGUCUGAUCAUGGUCUGCACUGUUCGCUAUUCAGCCAGUAUCUUUUUGGUAAGCAACCCUUUCUACAGUUAAUGGUAUUGUUUAAAUUGAAAGAUAGACAAGUUGAUUAUAGAAAUUUAGCGGGGUAAGGGUUAAAUGGCUGGUUGUUUCUUCUUGUGAGAUCCACCAGUAUUGAAUGUGAGGAGUUGUUCAGAAAAAAACAAAUCCAAUUGUUACAAAAAUGAAACCCAUAAAGAAAAUUUUUACCUAGUUACUUCUGUUGGGCUAAAAUGGAGUUGGACCUGCCCGCUUAGCUCAGUAGGUAGAGCGUCGGUUUACGGAUCGCGGGGUCGUGAGUUCGAUCCUCGGGCUGGGCGUAUGUUCUCCGUGACUAUUUGAUAAACUGCAUUGUGUCUGAAAUCAUUAGUCCUCCACCUCUGAUUCAUGUGGGGAAGUUGGCAGUUACUUGCGGAGAACAGGUUUGUACUGGUACAGAAUCCAGGAACACUGGUUAGGUUAACUGCCCGCCGUUACAUGACUGAAAUACUGUUGAAAAACGACGUUAAACACAAAACAACAACAACAAUAAAAUGGAGUUGAAAAAUGUUGGUGAUCUGUCAGUCAUUUAAUAGACAGAAGACUUCUCCGUUUAAGGUAUAAAUGUGUUGAUAGGUAUGAAUUCCCAUUUUUUGUAUUAAAGACACUGUUUCAGAGUUUUUACUGGGUUUUACUAAUUCUAAAUAGUAUCAGUUAUCUUAUAUUGUAUACAUAUUUAGAUGUUGAAAAAUUAGCCUUAUAAACUUUAAAUAUCAGUUAUUUUAUAUCAGAGAAAAUAUUUAGCAAUUUAAAAACAUAAGAUAAAAAUCAUUCACAGGAAUGUUAAAAUUCUUGCCAUGGAUAGAGUAAAGACUACUUUAUAUUCAUGUGUUUGCUUAGUUUUGAUUUAACUGUGAUAUUUUACUAUGUGAUAUUGUAUUUUUAUGUAUAUAAGGUUUAAAUUGAAGCAAACUGUUGGAAGAAUAUUGAUUCUUAAUUUACCAUGCUAAUAAUUUAAUGUGUAUUAAGAAAUGUAUAUGUUUGUAAUAUUUGUAAAUAUAUAUGUAAAGUGGUAA